AUGACUCGUUCAAAGCAGGUUGGGAAUCACAAAAAUGAUAAAAAGAAAAAUAUUGCUAAGAAUUGGAAAACCAAAAGAAGGGUUAAGGAUUUAGAUCAAAUACAUGAAGACAUGCGUCCUGAGAAUGCAGGUCGUUUAUUAAACCAGGAAAUUGAUUAUGAUGUUCCUGGAAAUGCUCAGCACUAUUGUCUACAUUGCGCGAGACAUUUUGUGGAUCUGAAGACGUUAAAGGAGCAUUUCAAAACUAAAGUCCACAAAAAAAGGCUGAAGCAACUGAGAGACGAGCCGUAUACUCAGGAGGAAGCAGAAAGAGCAGCGGGCAUGGGCUCAUACAGACCACCAAAACAAAUUCAGGUCCAAACACAGGAUGUAACAAUGGAAUAA